ACGUAUACACUAAAAUGCGAUACAAACUAUUGGCUAUAUAAAGACCAGCUCCUUUUUUGAAACUGGUCAGAUUAUUUCGCCUGUGAGUUAAAAUAAAGCGUCAAUUAAUAAUACAUACUAAUCAUGACGAGCAUUAAGGUCAUAAAUGGCCAAAGUGACGUACGCCGUCUGAAAGUAGACAACUGGGCAGAUGCAGCGAGCCAGAUAAGGUCUCGUUUCGAUGCACAGGAUUUUACGGCAAAGUAUGUCGACGAAGAUGGAGAUCACGUUACCAUAAGCACAGAGGACGACUUUCAGGAGGCAUUAGAUGAGUCUAAGGGUACUUUGCGAGUGUUGCUCACGAACGUAGCUUCUGCUGCGCGCACGGAUUCAGUCGACGCCGAGGGGGCACCUACCCCUGUCGAGGUUGUAGAUUUUGACGAUGUUGACGAUACUGUUCUAGUUGAAGCAAUAGAGGAGCUUAUUGUCGAGCCUACUAUCGAAGAACCCGAAGUCGUGCAGCCAGUGGUAGAGAGCGAUGCUGAGGAGAUGAGCGCACAACAGGCGACGGUGGAGGCUAUGGAACCUGAUGAGGAGUCAAAGAAUGUGAGUGAGAAGGAGAAGGAGGCAAAUGUAGCUGUUUCAGAUGCAAACGAAUCCACCGAGAGUAAGACGGAGUCUGUUGUGGAUGAGGAAGAAGAACAGAGAGCACCAAAACCGCUUGAUUUCCUAGAAAGUUUGUUUAGAGGAAUGGAAGGCAUGGGUCAUAAAGAUGGCGACAGAGUUGGGGAUGAUAUUGCGAGCGUUGCCGAAAAAUGGGCGCAGAACGCUAUGCCUGGGAUCAUGGACAGUCUGGUUGGAAAUCUAGCCAAUAUGCAGGUUCCUGAAGGAUCUGGGUCUUCAGAGUCUUCCGAGUGCGAUUGUCAGGGUUGCGAGUGCGAGGGUGAAAAGUGUGCUGAAACUUCUGAAGGUGCCGAAAAUGGGGAACGUGUUCACUCCGGAAUAACUUGCGACGUGUGCGACAAGACCGUUGUUGGCAACCGCUAUAAGUGUCAGGAUUGUGUCAACUUUGAUCUGUGCGAGCCUUGCUUCCAGACUGAAAGUCAUGACGAGUCUCACGCACUACUGAUGCUUCGUCUACCUCGUUUGCGUCAACAGCGCAGUCGUCGAGGCCCAUGGAAUUACGGUCCACAGGAAGGACCUCGUCACCCUCGCCAUCGCCACCAUGGUAAGGGUCACCCACGCUAUCGCCACCAUGGUGACGGUCACCCACACCCCCCUCACCACGGUGACGGUCACCCACACCCCCCCCCUCACCACGGCGACGGUCACCCACACCCCCCUCCCCGUGGUCACCCUCGGCCCCCUCAUCACGGCAAGGGUCAUCCACACCCACCUCCCCCUCCCCCCCAUUUCCAGCACUUCGGCCCUCGUCCCCCCCACAUGAUGCCAGGUGGACCACCAAUUGCUCAUAUGUUCAGUAGCGGUCCUCACGUGUUUGACGGUCUUCCCAAUAUGUUUGGGGGAAUGUUUGGUGGCGCAGACGUCCAUUUCGGAGGCCCGGAGGUCCAUUUCGGAGGACCUCAGAGUGGCCCAUGCGGACGUCGUGGUGGUCGAGGCCCUCCUCCUCCACCACCUGCUCCCGGAAUGGACCCUAUCGCGUCCUUUAUGAAUGCCAUGUUCUCUCAGCAAGGUCGCGGCAAUAGCGGGUACGAAGCUAUGGCUAAACCUAGCGGUAAGAAAUGCGGCAAGCCGGAGAAGAAGGAGUGCCAUAAGCAGAAAACUGCCGAUGCUACUAGUGUGCCUGCGAAGUCUGCUGAGGUCGCUUCUGAGAAGAAUGAAUCUGUGGAGACCGAGUCUGUGCCUGAGAGAACUACGACAACUACUGCCUCCCCUAGACAAGAGGAGUGCAUGGUAGUAGAAUCGGUCGCAGAGGUAGAGGAUGAUGAAUAUGAAAAUUCGUCCUCUGCUGAUUGCGCUGGUGCAACUACCGCAAAGGGUAACGAGAAGAAUCUGGAUAUUAUGCACAAGUUGUAUGAUAUGGGUUUCACCGACCGUUCUCUCAAUGCUGCAUACAUUCGUAUGUAUGGUUCAGACAUCAGCGAGAUCGCCAAUCGUUUGACAGAGCGCAAAUAGGAAUAGUGAAGGAGAGAAACCAGUGGUCAACGAAUACGAGAUUCGCAACGGGGCGUAAUUCAUUUUUGUUACGGACACGGGAGUUAAUAUAUGAAUAGCGAGCGCUAGAACAAACGCUCAAAGGAAUGUCAGAUCUUUGACUCAAAGCAGGGCUGGCUUAAGAAGAGAGACCAGUGGUCAACGAAUACCGCGCAUGCGUCGGAUGAGGUUUCGGAACGGGACAUAUUACAUUGUUGUUACGGACACGAAUUUUAUAUAUGAAUAGCGAGCGCUAGUAGAACAAUCGCUCAAACGAAGUCAGGCCAAUGACUCAAAGCAGGACUGGCUUUGUCAGGUGGUUCUUUGUUAAAAAACAAAAAAAAUAAAGGUACAUGUAUAUAAAUACUCGGGUGUAUUGAGCACCAAUUCGCA